AUGGACAUUUGCAGCGAGACUUCUCAUCAUGUCAAUAGGAAGAAGAACAAGCUUUCUGAUGAGGAUGAACUCCUCCUAACUCUGAUGAAAUUGAGGAAGAAUUUAUGCAUGCAGGACUUGGCAUACAGGUUUGGUAUAUCUAAGUCAUCGGCUACGAGGAUCUUUCACGCAUGGCUUGAUGUACUGUACAUCCACCUUGGAAGACUAGUGAUGUGGCCUGAUACUAUUGAAAUGCACCUACCCAAGUGUUUCCGCAACAAGAUUUUCAGAAGAGUAAGAUGCAUCAUUGACUGUACAGAAAUCUUCAUAGAGAGAGCCAGUAACAACAAAGCCAGAUCCCAGACUUACUCAAGGUACAAGCAGCACAACACAGUGAAGUUCCUUAUUGGUAUCAGUCCAUCAGGAGCCAUCAUCUUUCUGUCCCCUGUAUGGGGUGGACGAGCCAGUGACAAGAUUAUAACUCUUACAAGUGGCAUCAUUGACAAGUUUGUGCCAGGUGAUGUUCUGGCUGACAGGGGCUUUUUCAUCGACACUGAAUUAGCAACUCAAGGGGCACAGCUUAUGGUACCAGCGUACUCAAAAGGCAAGAACCAGCUGUCAAGACAAGAAGUUGAAACAUCCAGAGUAUAUUCCAAUGUGCGGAUACAUGUAGAGCGAGUGAUUAACCGUUUGAAAGACUGGGGUGUGAUGAAAGGUCCUCUCCCUAUCACUCUUGUCAAGAAAGCGAACACUUCAGCAGAGACCACUGUUGGAAAGAUGGUUCAAGUAUGCGCAGCUCUUGUGAACCUGUGUCCUCCAAUACUAGAAUAG